GAAACUUGACUGGUUUUAGUAUCGCCAAAUCGGUAUUUAAUUGAAUUCUCAGAAAUACAUUCUAACUAUAUUUGUUUGUAUAUAUUCAUAGUUAAUCAAAGGUCAAAGAUAAGGCAGUAAACCACAGUUUUAUAAGUUGUAAUGUUAUAAUAUCAUUCAGAUAGUUAACAAGAUGAAACUGAUAUUGACAUGUUUGUUUGUGUUCGCACUUGUGAUUUUAUUGAAUGGUCAUCAAUUCCGCUGUGACUACAAGUACUCCCGCCAGGCUCAAGGCUGGCUGAAGCUGCACAGGAUCCCCGCUAAUUGGCGCGAAGCGAGACUGCGAUGUCAUUUAGAAGGCACUAACCUAGCGUCUCCGUUGACCAAUGAGCUGAAGCUAGCGAUGGUGAGUGAGAUACAGCAAGCUGCGCUCGAGUGUGGAGUAUUCACCGGCAUCAGUAGUUUCUUCUCCAGAGGGGAUUUCCACUCCGUUGAAGGCAUACAACUAUCUAAAAUACCUCACACAUGGGUCAAAGGCGAACCAGACAAUUACAACGAUAACGAAAGCUGUUUACUGAUGUCGGAUAACGGAGAGCUGGCUGAUGUCAGCUGUGCAGAGACCUUCCCGUAUUUGUGCUACCGGAAGGCCGACAGGGUUUUUGUUAAUAACAUCUGCGGGACUUUAGACAAUGAGUAUCGGUUCGACAGCCGCACUGGCAGUUGCUACAAGUUCCACAAGGUGCCGCGCACGUGGUCGCGCGCCUACAUGGCGUGCGCGGCCGAGGGCGGCCACUUGGCCAUCAUCAACAGUGAUACUGAGGCUACGGUUCUCAGGGAACUGUUUGCGAUGAAUCCGGCUAGUUCCAUGAUUGGUAGCUUCUGGAAAGACGUUGCCUUCGUUGGGUUCCACGAUUGGGGCGAACAUGGGGAAUUCCUCACCAUCGAAGGGAAAACACUGAAAGAUGCGGGCUACGCGAAGUUCUCUGGCGGCGAGCCCAAUAACGCUACGACGGGCGAGUUCUGUGGCGCCAUCUACCGGAGCGCGUUGUUCGACGACCUGUGGUGUGAGAACCCUUACGCUUUCAUCUGUGAGAAGAAACCCGACAGUCUUGUCUGCGACGACUGACGACUGUCGUUAGAAAGAAAUUAUUAACUAAAUGACAUUCGUUCGUUUCAUUGAUUCGUAGAUACAACAAUAGUUCGUAAGCAUUGUAGCUAUAUAAUGAGGCAGCUUUUGAAAAUAAAGUUAUUCCAUACUCUGACUUCA